AUGAGACUUUCCUCCAACAUCCCCUCCUCGGACUCGUCCAGCUCAGGCAGGCUCGAAGACGAACUUGCCAGGAUCGUGCAUCAGAUUCACAAGACUUCGACUAUUCUCAAUAUCGCCAACGACUCUGGCAUCUCCUUCUCCGGCCAGGGAAGCAGCGGCUUGAUUGCAAGUCCAGUCCGUCAAGCGACUGGAAGCUCAAUAGCUAGCACUAUCACACCUGAAUCCGCACCCGCUCGGUCUGAUACUGUUACAUUGGAUUCUUCCGCUCCUGCACCUUCAGCCAGCGCAAUCGUUGAUCCUUCUCGCAACAACCGUCCAUCUGGACUUCCGAUCCUUGCUACGUUUGAUACAAGCUCUCCACUGCCGGGUAGUGCCAAUGUCGUAGAUUCACCUUCUGUUCUCAAAGCGAACGAGCCUUUCUUUUCGGAAGCAGCAGGUCCAGCCUACUCUCUCUCGCCAUCCUCUUCUCAAGAUUUCGAGUUGAACGCGUUGUGGGAUAGCCUAGCAAGAGAGCUCAAACCCAUCGCCGACAUUCUUCGCUCUGGACGACAUCGUACACCUCUCGGCACCUCCCGAUUGCCCGCAGACUGUGUUUCAGCCCUCCAACUCUGGCUUUGCACCGGAUCCUCACCCUCCAAACAGCCUCCUAACAGCCACGCUCUCGAAGCGGCAAUCGAGAUCUUCCGUGUCCUCGCCAACUUGUGCAUCGAUCACGACGCAAACCGGUCCUUGCUCGACGCACUCAACGCCGCCCCCACCGUCCUCGCUGCCGUAUCUGCGGUAUUGCGCAAACAAGAACAGUCCCGCUCAUCGGCGCUGUUCUCGGUCAAGAUCCUCACUUUCCUCCGAGCAGCGAUGGGUGCGGUGCUGAACAUGCAGUUGGAGCAUAUCGCUACAAAACAGUCGCUUGCGAAUGCAGAGUGUAUCCGGGUUUUGACGAGGGUUGCCUCGCAUGAGAGGGUGUAUCUGCCGCAUGUGUGGGCAGAACCCUUGACGGUGGAGAUGGAAAAUGAUGCGGAGGCGGUGGGGAAGAUGAAGAUGGGUGCGACUGUUAGUAGUUGGGCGUGGAGAGUCGUUCAGGAGAUAUUUGACGAUGCCAAGGAGGAGAAGGAGGGAGAUGUUUCAACGCCUUCGGAUGAGGAGGAUGAGGAGAGGGGUGGUUUGGGGGGGACGAGGGAUGUAAGAGGGAUUCUUGCGAGGAAGUGUUUCGAUGAGUUGCUUCGUCCGCUUUCGUUCUAUAUUCCGAAAGAAGAGGGGAAGGAGGGAGAGAGGAGGUUGGAGUUGGAUACGGAUGAUGUUGAAGAGUUGGUGGAUUCGGAUGCAGAGAUCUUGCAGACUAUUGGGGGGUUGUUGGAGACGUGUGCUGUUGAGGAGCAUGUGUUUAGGCAGCGUGCGGUCAGAACUAUGGACAGCGAAGGGGAGGCUGCGGCUAAGACUUGGGGUUUGGAUUCGUUGAUGUCAUUCGUUGAGCGUGCUCAACUUCCCCGAGAGUGGGUAAGGGACUUCCCCUCCAGCAACGAGGCUCAGUCAAGCGAAGACGCAGCCGCAGCCGACGAGAUGCGAAAAGCUUUCGGCUCGAUCAAAGCUUCCGCCGCACGCGCAGUCGUCGCUAUCUCCGGAGAUGAUUCCAACAUGGUCAUCCUCUUCGAUUCAGCAUAUGGCUUCAUCCAUCGACUCAAAACCUGGAUUCGAUACGAUCCCAAAACACGCGACGAUCUCGUCAGCUGUGGAAUGCUUGCUCUCGGCAACCUCGCUCGAAGCGACGCACACUGUCUUUCUCUCGUACAAGAACACGAACUCGCCCCCUUUCUCGCGGCACUGCUGAGGGAUGCGGAUGAUAUCAAAGUAGCACACGGCUUAGUUUCGCUGCUGAAGAACCUUUCCAUUCCGGCCGCGAACAAAAGGGUAAUUGGCGAAUUGGGGGUGGUGGAUGCAGUAGUGAGGUUCAUGGGUAAGGAUAAAGAUAUGGUUCAACCGUUGCAGUUUGCGACUGUGGGGUUGUUGAAGCAUUUGUGUAGUGGGGUUGGGGAGAAUGCUGUCCGUCUAGUGGAGGGUGCGGGGCUGAACGCGGUAGUGGAUAUGAUUAGAAGAGUGGAUGAUGUUCCGACCAAGAUGGAAGCGACCCGAGUCCUGGUCAACGUCGUCAAAUCUCUAUGGAACUCGGCAUCUCGUCCCAGUUCCGAGCUUUCAGAGGAAACCCUCUUCUCAGCAAGAAAAAAGUUGGUGAGGAGGGACGUAAUCCAAUCGCUAGCAGAAAUGGUCCGCACUUCACCCAAAUACCCCGUUCUGGUCAACGAAGGGAUCAUCGCCCUUACUCUCGUAGGAAGCGAACGGAUGGGUGCGGAACUCGUCAGUCUCUCGCUUCUUACCAAACCUACCAAACCUACCGCCGACGAGGAGGAAGACGAAGAGAUGGCUUCUGAUAGCGAAGCUGCUGCACUACGAGCGCCGAGGCGAAGAUCAACGGUGGAUAGUUCGGCUUCUACUUCUUCGCAUCCGCUGCCACCACCUGCUUGUGCAUUGGAUAUGGUGAAUUUGGUGCUGGCAAGGAGAGAUGCUAGGAUGCCUCCUCAGUUUGCGAGCAAUGCUUGUGCUCUGGCUAUUAGUCUUUGUCGUGCCACUACCGCAAUUGGAGAGGGGGAAAGUAGGGGUGCAGUGGGACAAGAAGCGGUGAAAAAGUGUCUAACACAGACGAAACCGGUGUUGGAAAGGUUGAAGGAUUGUGGUCCGAUAGAGGCGCUUGCUGCUGCAGCAGAGGCGCUGGAGGGGGUUUCCCGUGUCACAGCCAGCUAG